AUGGUGAAGUUAAGUGCGAGUCACUAUUCAGCUGUAAGAUCAACAGCUCAGUCAAAAUUAUUUAAAAUGUUAAAUAUCCGAAUGAGAAUCACGAAGGUUUUAAAGGUGCUUUAUCGAUGUCAACGACUUCUUUUGCGGCCUGAUUGGGAAGUUGUCGAGAAGCUAUGGCUUGCUUUGCUUAAAAUUCAACUCAGCGAGAAGCUUUCAAUUAUCAAGCUUAUGGAUUCAAUCACAGAUGGAAUAAACAACGAAUUUCAAACAAUUGCAACCAGAAUUGAAGUCAGUGAAAAGUUGGCAUUGUUAGGUGCUGAUAUGAUGGUUGAUAGUAAAGAAUUGCCAGAGAAUUUCUUGAUUGUCGGUACUGAUCAUUUAGCUGAGAGAAAUAAUUUUAAUGAAAAGAAAUAUUUUUCAAUUAUUCACGAAAAUUCUUUUCAUUGGCGUUAUCAUUUGCUAGCUGGUGCAAUGAUUAAUGAUUUGAUGCACCUAUUGACCAAAUAUCCAGCUGAAGUUACAAAAAUUUUUGUUAACAAUUUAAUUCAUGGCGUUGAGAAUUACUGA